CGUGCCGUUACAAAAGCGAAACUCCCGACCGUCAACUCCACUUGGUGCCCCAGACCCAGAGCCGAGCCUGUGACAUCAAGAUCAAGAAGGCCGCGUCGUCUGCUAGGGGGCAUGACGGAGUGCCUCGCGCCUCAGAAAUAUGCUUAAGCUCGGCUCUAAGAAGGACCACGGCAUAGAUUACAAGUGCACGAUACGGCUGCUGGACGACAACGAGGUGCUGGAGUGCGAGUUUCAGAGUUACCAUAAGGGAAAACUUCUUUUAGACUUUGUGUUCAACAGACUGAACCUUGUAGAAACUGACUACUUUGCCCUGCGCUAUGUUGACCAAAACAAACAGCGACACUGGCUAGACCCAAACAAGAACAUCCUUAGACAAAUAAAGAAUCUGUCACCAAUCCUGUUUUGCUUCCGUGUGAAAUUUUACCCAGCCGACCCACUGAGGCUACAAGAGGAGAUAACCCGUUACCAGCUCUUCCUUCAGCUCAGACGGGACCUCCUGCAUGGCCGGCUCUACUGCUCCCAGGCCGAUGCUGCCAUUCUUGCUGCCUACAUUGUGCAAGCUGAGAUUGGUGACUAUGACCCGACCAAGCAUUACGGGAACUACAUCAGCGACUUUAAGAUCCUACUCAAGCAGACGCCAAAAAUUGAGGAAAAAAUCAUGGAACAUCACCCAACCCUCAAGAACCACACACCACUCAUGGCAGAGACAGCAUUCCUCAAAAAGGCAGCCGUCUUGGAUACCUAUGGCGUAGACCCUCACCCAGUCAAGUCACCGCUGAGUGGCUUAAAACUACCCACAUGCUGUCCUGAAGACCACCCAUCAACCCGAACUCUAGAGGAAACCGUCCAAGAAUCAAGAACGAGUUCCGGGGGGCAGCAUGAGCCAAGAGAAGAUGUUGCCACUAUAAACACUUGCCUGCGCCAUGACGGGCUGGGGCCGAAUACCAUCCAGACCCCUCAAGCAAGCCUACCGGCGCAAUAGGCGGAGAUGUAAAAAAAAAAAGGGUGAGUGACAUGCUACGGGAGGGAGCUGGGUGGGUGGAUUGUGUGUGUCAUGAUCUGGAGAAAGCCUUUGAUGAGGUACCCAAUAAGCAACUAAUGUGGAAAUUGGAGCAUGUAGGGGAACUGAAAAGAGUCUCCCGAAGUGAACAAAAGCCUUCUAGAGAAACUAAUAGGUGGGGUUGGUAAUAAAGAAAAGAAUAUCAGGGUGGAAGACAGUAACAAGUGGUGGCCUGCAGGGCUCCAUGAUGGUGCCUGUACUACUCUUGAUUUACAUAAACAAUAUAACAGAUGGAAUGACAAAUUAUUCAAGAUUGUUUGCAGAUGAGGAAGGAUUGCAAAAGGCUUCAGGAAAAUCUAGACAUGAUUUAAGAAUGUAGCCAUGUGUGUGUGUCUGGGGGGGGGACAGGACACUUCACUCACUUGCUGCCUUCACUCCCGACAGUCCUCCCAAGCAAGUUCACACAUAGCUGCCCAAUCCAUCACAACUUCCUCCCGGCAGGAUCAGUUGACUUGGCCCAGCCAUGAGUUUCGUGGACAUUCCCUUAGUCACCUCCACUCAUGGUUGUCUUGUACAGAAACAACCUUAUGAGCAGGAUUGAUGUCCAGAAGGCGUGCCACGUCCAGUAGCCAGAGUUGGCGUUCACAGACUUAGCUGGUAACAGGCCUUGAUUCAGUUUCAUCACAUAGUCGCUGGUUCAACAUGAAGUCAUUCCAGUCAUACCCCAUGAUCCUGUGAAGGCACUUGCUACCAAAGGCAUCGACACACCUCUCCAAGUCACUAUUCAGUGUUCAUGUCUCACAGCCAUACAGUAAGACAUGGAACAUAAGCAGUUCAAAUAACCUCUGUCCGUCUGCAUAGACAUCGACAACGCCAUAUACUCGUGUUGAGCGAGUCUGUAACAUCGUGGGCCAGGCCAAUCCAUCAAGUGACUUACUGGUAAGACCCACCAUUGUUAUGCGCUGCACUAACAUGGUAUGUGAAACUCUUUGUGACCUUGACAUCCUCACCACAUGCAUGAACAGAAUGAACUGUGUCAUUCAGAAGACUUAAAAAAUGACUGGACCUUGGUUUUGGCCAGGAGACCUUCAGUUCCAAAGACUUCACCUCCUCAUGCAACACUUCGAGAGCCUACACCAGGACUUCCACCGAUUCCACGAGAAAUACAGCAUCAUCAGUGAAAACAAGGUCAAUAACCUUGAUAUCACCAGCAGAUGCAUCACACCAGUCCAAGGAAGUGUUGAAAAGUGAUGGAGCAAGGACGCACCCCUGGCUCACUCCUGAGUUAACGGGGAAGAAGCUGGUAAAGCCUCUCCCACACUUCAAGGCUUUCUCAGUCCAAGUGACGGCCAGUCAUCAGAACAAAAAUCCAUGCAAGAAUCCCACGGAUACACAGGAUGUCCCACUGAGUCAAAAGCCUUCUUGAGAUCGACAUAGACUGCAAGCAGCCCCCGUCGAAACUUAUGUCGGCAUUCCACAAAGGACGCAAAGUGCAAGGACCCGGUCAAUUGUUGACUUGCUGGGCAUGAACCAGGAUUGCUCAGGUCUCUUAGACUUCAGCAGAUGAGAUCGAAUUUGCAUCAGCAGCAGAUAAGCGAGCACUUUUUCUGGCACACAGCAGUGUAAUACUACAGUAAUUGUUGCAGUCCUGUCGGUCCACCCUUUUCCAGUUAAUAGGAAUGGCAUCAGACUGCCACAUGGCAGACAGCACUGCAUGCAACCCAUGGAUCAUGGCUUCACCCCCAGCUUUCAACAACUCUGUGCUGAUAUUACAGAUCCCAGCUGCCUUUCCACCCUUCAACUUCCUCACAGUCUCUUUCACCUUCCCAAGAGAGGGUGGAGAUUCAUCUACUGAUGGAUCAGCAGCCGCCAUCUGUAACCCACCCAGAGGGAGCUGUUGGCUUGGGGGCUCUGCUUUGUACAACUGCCCCCAAAGUACUCGGCCCAACAAGCCCAGUACCCCUCCACAUCUAAUACCAUCUUCCCAACAGCCGUUCAGAUAGUGCCCAUCUGAGAUGUGGAUUUGGAGCAGAGCUCGGAAGGCAGAUUUAAGGUUGUUUACAUUUAGACAAUCCUCAACAUCCUCAGUGAUGCCUCUGACAUACCUCUCAUUAUCCCUCCUCAGAAGGGUUCUUUUCCUUUGUGACAAAAUUCUAUAUUGCUCGCAGUCCCCAGCGAACCUGGCAGCAUGACUAUGUUUUUCAGUGUCUCCAUUGAGGCAGCCCUACUCCUAGACCUUGGACUUUCUUGAAUGCACUCCUCAGCAGUUUUGAAAAUUUCACUGUUAAAGUUAUCCACACUCCUCCAAGGUCCUUUAGAGCACCAAGCACCUCAAACCAAUUUGAGACUUCUACUGCAUAGUUCUGAGUACAUGCACAGUCCCUCAGUUUCUCAAGAUGGCACUCUGGAGCAUUGCAUCUUGAGAUUUUCUUGGACCUGAUGCGUAUCCUCAGUUUUGAUCAACAAGUCAGUUGUAAAGAACUCAGCACUCCAGAAAACCCUACAGUUUUGGAUGUUCCUCCGAUGAGUACUAACAAGGAUGUGAUCAGUCUCCUUUGCCACACCGCUAGCAUUGCUAUACCAUGACCAGCAGAGAGGCUCGUGUCUCUGGAACCAGGAACCAGCAAUCCUCAUUCUUCUGGACUUUGCAAAGUUCAGAAGGAAAGAACUUUAUAUUUCUGGUGCCGGAGCCAUGGGGACUAACGCAUAACUCAUACAGCUCUCUGUGCCAUUUACUGCACUGAAGUUGCCCAAGACAAUGAGUGUGUCAUGCAGGGGACACUGGUGGUUCAGUUGAGCUGGCCAUAGAACAUCUUUGUUUCCUCAAGUUGACACAUCUCCAUAGGGAUGUAUACUGCAGUAAGAGAUAUGGAGCCCAAGAUGUGCUUCAACCUCACCAGCAUCAUAUGCUCGUCAAUCAGAGUAACCCCAACAUCAGAGGACUGAAAUGGCAAUAGCUGUUCCUUUGAGAUGGGCACUGCCUGUCCUCAGGGUGUGGCACAUCCAACAAAGAGAAAGAUUAUUCAGGAAGAGGGAAAGAAGGAUGCACCUCAGGGUGGUUGAAUGUGCUGUGUUACUCAUCCAGGUAGGCCUGCCCCUACCACAAACAAAACAUUGGAAAUGGGCAAAAAUACUAAGACCAUCAAUGAAUUAUUCAAUGUAAAAAGAACAUAUCACUAAAGCAAGAGAGGGAAAGGACACACAAGUAUUACUCCAGGAUAAUUUGUCACUCAAAACACAUCACUAAGAUGGUAUAAGAUAAAAACAAAAGAGUGUCAUUCCACUACAUGGAGGAGUUAAUGAAGAUUAAUAGAGACUGAUCCAACCCACUUUGGAAUAUGUGGCAGUAGUGCAGCUCCCACACUUAGAUAUGAACAAGAUCAAAAGAAUACAAAAUCAGUCUUUGUGCAUGUGUGCAUGCGUGGCAGCAAAGCAAAUUUAACUGGGAAUCUCCUGAUCUACCUGGAACUUCCCUCUUGUGUCCAUGCCCCCAGUACUGCUGUGAUGCAAGAAAGUGGCAGCAACAACUACAAUGGUCAUGGCAAUGAUGACAAAUAAACAAUCUGAUAUGAAAUUAUGAACCUUUUUUUUUUUUGGCCAGACUUUUUUUUUUUUAAUUAUUUGACUUAAAAAUGUGCUGCCUUUGACUUGCCUAAGUUUUACACGAGUUACCAUCUAUCACACAUUUUACAUUCCAUAUAAUAUAUGUAUUGUGUAAACAGACUAAUAUUUUAAGGCCAUGUUAACGGGUGCUAUUUUUCAAGUUUAUUCCUACACUAGAACACAUCAUAGCCUGGGGGGAGGGUGAAGCCAACUUUUACAUUAGUAUAACCAGCAAAUUUCAUAUUUUGAAACUUGGCCACAAGGUUAUGAUCCUUGAUAUGUCAUUCAAGAGGCAGUCAAAAUAACAGUUAACCAUACUCUCCAUCUUUUAUUUUUCUCAGCGUAUGCAUCAUGCAGUCUUUGAUUGCUUUAAAACAUGACUAAACUGUGUUCAUUUACUUAAUUUAUUUCAGAUUUGCAUAGUUGCCAGUUCAAUGGUGUUAGCAUCACAUUCCAUUAUCCCUGAAUCUGUAUAUCAAUAUUUCACCAAACUUUCAUUUGUUUUAUUUCAUGAGCAGUGUCGGUUCUAGUCUUCCAGGGAUCCUAAGCAGGAAUGUUGUAGGGCCCCUUAAUGGACCCCACCUCCUUAUUUACAUGAGGCAAUAAGAUUGUCUUUAUCACUGAAUAAAUCCACUACUCCUCAUAAAGGGACGCUAAAUGGUUGCUUCCUUCUCCUCUCCCUAGAACCACCCCUGUUUGUGAGAACUGUGAGCAUGAAUCUUUAAAGCACCAAGUUGUGGAGCAGUUAUUUUGGUCCUGAGUGUGGCACUUUGGCAGACCUAACACACACCCUAGUCCUCAGUAGUGAGAGUUUGCCCCUUGCUAGGAGAAGAACAGCAGUAAUGUACAACACUUCCAGAUUUUGAGUUAUAAUUGUUGCACUCAUUGGAUAAAGUGUGCACUAGACUCCUUUGAUGUUUGCAUUAUUCAGAAUAGUUGAUAAUUUCCCAAAUCAUCAUCAUGCUUGGAACUUUCACUGUACUGGUUGUCCAAAGAUAGAGGCUGCAGAACAUUGCCAGAAUUACUGAUACAUCUUCACAGUGAGCAUUGUAUGUAUGCCAAUUAGAAGCUACAAUUUUAUUCAUAAAUUAUAUUUAAAUUCAGAUCUUAUUGCAGUAUUUCAUAGUUAGUUGAUCAUAUUUAUGUAAAUUUAAAAGCACAUACUUUUAAUAUGUUUGCUAUUGCACCAUGAAGCUGUUAGUUUAUUUGAA